AUGCCUCCGGAAGCGCAGAAACUAUGGGGAGGCCGUUUCACGGGCAAGACUGACCCUUUGAUGCACGCCUUCAACCAGUCUUUGUCCUACGACCAGCGCAUGCACAAGGCCGACAUCCGUGGAUCCAUUUCCUACGCCAAAGCACUUGAGAAAGUCGGUAUUCUCACCGCAGACGAGCGUCAAAAUCUUGUCACCGGACUGGAGCAAGUGGGUCAGGAAUGGAUCGACGGCAAGUUCGAGAUCAAGGAGGACGACGAGGAUAUCCAUACUGCUAACGAACGCCGCCUGAGCGAGAUCAUUGGUUCCCUUGGCGGUAAACUGCACACCGGCCGCUCGCGCAAUGACCAGGUCGCGACGGACAUGCGCCUUUGGCUGCUGGACGAAGUCAAGGAGAUCGAGGCCGGUCUCCGCGCACUUAUCCGUGUCAUGGUGGAGCGCGCCGACAAGGAGCGCGACUACCUCAUGCCAGGCUAUACCCAUCUGCAGCGCGGGCAGCCUAUCCGGUGGUCGCACCUCCUGCUAUCGCACGCGUUCUCGCUCAACUCCGACCUUGAGCGCCUGACACAGCUCGUACCGCGCAUCUCGGUACUCCCUCUCGGAUCGGGCGCUCUCGCCGGAAACCCGUUCGUCGUCGAUCGCGAGUUCCUCAGGCAAGACCUCGGGUUCGCUUCAAUUGCCGAGAAUUCGUUGUAUGGUGUGGGAGACCGCGACUUCAUCAUCGAGUUCAUGAUGUGGGCAAGUCUAGCCACAACGCAUCUCAGUCGACUGUCCGAGGAUCUCAUCAUCUACUCGACGGCGGAAUUCGGCUUCGUCACUCUGAGCGACGCAUACAGCACUGGGUCCAGCAUGAUGCCCCAGAAGAAAAAUCCUGAUUCGCUCGAACUCCUCCGCGGCAAAUCCGGACGCGUCUUCGGCAAUGCUGCCGGCUUCUUGAUGAGUUACAAGGGUCUUCCUUCGACGUACAACAAGGAUCUGCAAGAGGAUAAGGAGCCUCUCUUCGACACGGUCGACACCGUUUCCGCCUGCUUCCGCAUCGCCGAAGGUGUUAUCGGCACACUCGAUGUGCACCCCGAACGCAUGUUCAAGGCGCUCACCAUGGACGUCUUGGCGACGGACCUGGCUGACUACCUUGUCCGCAAGGGCGUGCCCUUCCGGGAAACCCAUCACGUCUCGGGCCGCGCUGUGGCUCUUGCGGAGGCGCGUGGGUGUCAGAUCAACGAGCUCAGCCUCGAGGAUUAUCUGAGUUUACAUCCAAAGUUUGAGGAGGAUGUCAGCGCUGUGUUCGACUUUGAGGCCAGCGUCGAGCGUCGGCAAGCAAUCGGCGGCCCUAGCCGCGUCAUGAUUGACCGGCAGGUUGCUGUCCUCCGCGCCGCCCUUGCUCAGUAA